UUUCAGGCGUCAACUGGUGCCGCUGCGACAUCUCACCCACAGUAAUCUCACUUUUCUCUUUCUAGAAUCUCUUAGAAUUUAUAUUUUCUUCUAUCUUUUUUGUUGUUAAGUUGCUUGUUUUCAUUUUCUUUCUUCAAAACCGCACUUUAAUUAAUGACAUAAAAUGGUCCGCCUUUGCACUACCAAUUUUCUUGCUUAUCGCGCAACGGGCAGUCCCUUAUUACUCCUAUACUUCUAUCUCUGUUCACUAUCUUCUGUCAAAUCGUCCGCAGCAGCAUCAUACACCAAUGCUUCUGAUUACGUCCUUCGGAAUGUUUUUGAGCAUUCCGAUCAAUGCUACAAAGAUUCAUUCGUCUAUGUGAGAGCUGAUGAUAAGAAAUCCGAUCCUUUUAUCACGUACUCCACGACUAAGGAAUGCUCAGAACGGCUCAAGAAAAAUGAUCUUCCUGAAAAGCUGCCAACAUGUCCUCCUGGUCUUAUUGAUCUGGAACUCAAACCAGUCUACGUACCAAAGUCCCAGAUAAGUUAUCCAUAUGCCAACCUGAAUAUUUCCGUCACUGCUCAUUCUUCCGUCGAUACCAUUGCAUUCCGUCUUGAAUGCUUGUCAGCUUCAGAUGGUUCAGAUGUAUAUUGUUCCAAUUCGAAAGCCAUGUACAUCAACGGAGUCAAAGAAUGGCCGUGUCGCGGAAUUCAUCUUUCGUCGAGAGUUCAAUAUCCCACCAGAUUCUCGUAUUCCUGUUUCCGACUCACUUCAUUUUCUGUCUACGCAAUCAAUGCAACUAUUCUACCGCAAAAAUGUAGAGUCUCAACGAUUAUGACUGCUCCAUACUUCGAUGACAUGUUCCCAGAGAUUCUUGUGGAUCCAACUACCAAUCAGUCAAUUAUAACGAAAACGGAUCCGUUCUGGGCACCGAUGCUGUCUGCUGAUUUCAGUGAUAAGAAUGCGAUUUGGGUUAGAUUGGGAAAAGCGGAGAGGGCAGAAUGCGAAACUAUGGUUGUUAAUGUCUACAAGGAACACGAUGAUGAUUCUCAAAAAGUGACAUUUCUGGAAAUUUUGACUGUGAAGUGCCCAGAAACCGCCGUUAAAUGGGAAAAUCAGAAAGCAGGGAGAUACCUUCUGACGGCAUACGUUCCUAUUCGUGGAUGCAAAUUUUAUUGCGAGAAGAAAGAACGAGGAUGUCGGCAAUGUCUUCGUACUCAUCUGAACCUGGUUAUCUACAAAAAUAGAGCUUCACUGUCUUGGCUCGCAUUGCAAAAGUUCAAAGAUUAUGGUUUCGAGAUUUUCAUCGCUGUCGUUGUACUUUUGAUACUGAUCAUCGUUCUGGCUGUAACUGGAUUUGGUUAUGUACUAUGGAGAGACAAAGUUCGAUCUCGAGAAGUUCGAAAUAUAGCAUUGACUGAAUUUGUGAAGGUUAUGAUAGUUUAUGCGGAUGACAAUGAUUUGCAUACCGACUGUGUGAAGAAACUUGUCGAAAAUCUCAGAAACUGUGCAUCCUGUGAUCCAGUUUUUGAUUUGGAGAAGCUUAUAACCGCAGAACAAAUCGUUCCAUCCCGCUGGCUAGUGGAUCAAAUCAGCUCUCUAAAGAAAUUUAUAAUUGUGGUUUCUGAUUGCGCUGAAAAGAUUCUCGACACGGAAGCUUCUGAGACUCAUCAGCUUGUUCAAGCUCGACCAUUUGCUGAUUUGUUCGGGCCAGCUAUGGAAAUGAUCAUUCGUGACGCAACACACAAUUUUCCGGAAGCUCGUAAGAAAUACGCCGUUGUCAGAUUCAACUAUUCUCCACAUGUUCCACCAAACUUAGCGAUUCUUAACCUUCCCACCUUCAUUUUACCUGAACAAUUCGCGCAACUCACUGCAUUCCUGCACAAUGUAGAGCACACAGAAAGAGCCAACGUCACUCAAAACAUAUCAGAAGCUCAGAUUCAUGAGUGGAACCUUUGUGCUAGUCGUAUGAUGUCAUUCUUCGUUCGAAAUCCGAAUUGGCUCGAAACGAGAUGGAAACCGAAAGACGAGCUCGCAGCGCUUCACCUCAAACGUCAGUCUCCCGUCAUUGUUCCAAUCCAAACUGAAGAGGAUCGCAUUGCUGCUUCUAUAAAGUAUAACCUGGUGCCCCCGCAAGCACUCGUGGACAGUGAUGACGAAGAUGAUGUUGAUCUCCAGCCACACGCUUCUCAUCAGAACCAGCCACUCAUUCUCCUACCACCUGAACAGUGCGGCCCUGACUCUGAUUCUGACUCGGAAUCUGACUCCAGUUCGGAAUCCGAAUCUGAAUCCGACAAUGAGGGUGAAGAUCCGAAGACGAUUGUUGUGAAGAAGUCAUGAAGAGACUUGUUAUUUUUAUUUGCUUAUUGCUUGUUACGGUGUGAUACGUGGUUAAUUAUGGUAUAUUAUUUCGAUUUUUCUGUGCGAUGCUUUUUCAUGUUUAUUUAGUCAGCGUGUCCCUCAAUGAGAUGUCUUAUUGUUCUGAAGCUACGUUUUCCAGAACUCCAACAUAGCGGAGGCACGCUGGCUUCUCAUAGUUCAGAAUUUAUAAUUUCCAUGUCAUUUUUCACUCAUUAUUUGAUUUUUAUAUAUUUGAUAAUUUGUUCUAGGAUUUAAAAAUUACGCUAUCUAUAAAUGUUUAACAUUUCCUUAAUU